AUGGGCCGUCCAAGGAAGAAUGUUAGCCAGGAGAAAAUACAACAGUUGAAGAGAGAACUGGAGCUGGCCGGUAACAGGACAGACGUCUUGUUGCAAGACAAAAAGGGCCGUUCCAGGUCUUGUCUUCUUUGUAGAAGAAGAAAGCAACGAUGCGACCAUAAAUUACCCAGUUGUACCGCCUGUUUGAAAGCAGGAAUAAAGUGCGUGCAGCCCUCCAAGUACUCUUCUUCCACUUCGAACAGUAACACCAACAACAACACCCCUACAGCUGGCACUGUACCUCCUACACCUCAUCCUGUAAUAAAACGUGAGCUGCAAGAUAGCAGUAUUGGCGCUGGCGCUGGCGCUGCCACUUCUCUGAAUGACAUGACGAUAAUAAAACCCAUUUCCACUAGCAAUAGUAAUGUUGAUGCUGGCGACGCGAAUGAAUUCAGGAAAACGAUAAAGUCCGUCACGACAAAUUCCAAUCCAAACCUGAUGAGGCAAGACAAAGAUCAGUAUACGAUUUUCUUGGAGAAAAAACUAAAAAGUUUGGAGACUUUGCUCGAUUUAUCGCCGGGAUGCAACCAGUACAACUACGAAUUAUCCCAGUACAAGAAGGUUUCUCAUUUGUUCAGUAACAACACUUCUGAUUACUCUAGACCGAACAGCAGCAAUAUGGUCAUACUGCCGCUGCCAUCUCCUUCCAACAAACCCCUGGAGAACACAAACAAUAACGGCAGCAACGUUAAUGCGGCCACUAACGAUACAUCGGCCAGUACGAACAACAUAAACAACAAUAAUGCUAUCUGCCAAUCCGCGAGCCUUUUGAAUGACCCUUUAGAGACGCUGGACUUCACUAAGUGUAUUUUUGCCAAAUACAAUUUGAAAAAAGAGUUUUUGAUGUAUGACCCUAUUUUUGAACUGAAUGAGAAGCUGUCACGUUCCUUCUUGGACACUUUUUUCACAAGAUUACAAUUCAAGUACCCUAUCUUAGACGAACAAGAAAUCUAUACUUUUUAUGACCACUACCUCCACAACAAGAUUCUUAUCCCACCAUCUUCUCCCGCCACGUCUUCCGCAGCACCACCGUCGAAUUCACAUUCGUAUUCUGAAAUAGAAUUUCAUUUUCUAUCCGGCAGAAUGUGGCUUGUCUUCAGCAUCAGCGCCUACUUACUGAUGACCACAGGUAAGUACAAGGGGUUUCCACCUCACCGAUAUUUCUCCACCGCUAUCCGUCACAUCACUAAGUGUGGUCUACAUUUGAAUUAUGUUCAGCAAAUAGAACUGUUGACAUUGCUUGUCCUUUACAUUAUUAGGACUGAUAGAGAUUCUCUGAUACUAUAUGACAUAAUCAAGGAUGUCAUGGGCAUAUCCAAGAAGAAACUUCAUCUAAAUCAAUGGUAUCCUAAUGAUCCAUUUGCAAAUAAGAAACUGCGACUAUUUUGGUGUGUUUACCUGUUGGAAAGAAUGAUUUGUGUUGCUGUGGGGAAACCUUAUACAAUCAAGGAGUCGGAAAUAAAUUUACCUCUUUUCAAUAACGACUCUUUUUAUACAAAAGGUGUGCAUGCGGCGGCUCCAUCAACCAAUGACCAUGGUGUGCAAUUCAUCAAUCAGUCUCUAAAGCUGCGAAGAAUUGAAUCUCAAUUUGUAGAGACUUUACAGCUAUUGAAAAACGAUUCCAGGUCAGUGAAGCAAUCCAUUGAUCAAUUGCCCCUAGUACGAAAAUUUUUUGAAGAUUUGGAAGUUUGGAGAAAAAGUUAUUCCACUCUUGACGUGAAAAAUUUCGAAAACGAGACACUAAAACUUUAUUACUAUAGAUCAGUGCGAUUGCUUAUACAACCAUAUUUGGAAUUUUUCGCCCCGGAGGAUAGACUAUUUAGAGAAUGUCAAGCUGCUGCGGGUCAAAUUUGUCAGUUAUACAAGAUAUUCCAUCAAAAAACGCUUAAUGGUCAUUCUACACCAGCAGUGCAUACGGUUUUUGUAGCUGGCGUAACUUUAAUCUACUGUAUGUGGUUAGCCAGGAAUUUUGACGAUCAAAGGAGGAAGAAAUUAGGCGAUGCUUCGAAGCAUACUAGACCUUUAAUCAGUGCAAGUCUCUUUUCGACGAUGGAUGAUUUGAGAGCUUGCUCCGUUUGUUUAUAUGUUAUGACAGAAAGGUCUAAUUUUGCAAGAACCUUUAGAGAUACUUUCGAUCAGUUAAUGAAUGCCACGGUAGGUAAUUUGAUUGAAAGAUGUGGUCCAGACUCUUCUGAGUUAAUUUUCAUGGCUAGUAGUGUCGCCAAGCGUACUGAACCCAAGAACAUCAAUGAUGAGGCCAAUAAGGCAAUUUCAUCUGGGGAUACUCUUCAUGAUUCUAACUCCGCAAAUGCAGCUAAUCUAUCCAAUUCAAACGAUAAAAAUAUAUCUCAUAAUGGCGGUAUGCCGCCUGCUGUGGCUAGAAUAUUUGGUAAAGGACAAGCUGAAGAGCACGCCGGUUUUGUGGAAAAUUCACAAGUGGAUUUGGCUGAACAAGAGAAAUUCAAGAAGAAGCAAGGUGUUUUAGAAAAGACCUCUGUACCCAAAAGUUUAGCUCACCUAUUAACCAAAAUGGAUGACAGGUCACGUAUUUCAAAUUCUUCAAUGUCUUAUACAACAUCUUCUUCGUCAUCAUCUUCUUCUUCGUCAUCAUCGUCGACAUUAUCGUUUCCUUCUUCCCAAGAAAAAAACCUGAAAAUCAAUGUAAACAAUGAUAACAAUGGUAUGACCAUCAGCAGCGUCAACAGAGAACACAACAAUAAUCACAACAAUAAUAAUGAUAAUAAUAAUAAUAAUAACAAUAAUAAUAAUAAUAGUAAUAAUAAUAAUAAUGUUAAUAAUAAUGAUAAUGAAAGUAAUAGCAGAAGCACUACCAACAACAGCUGCAAUAAUGGCAACAACAGCCAGUAUGUUCGUAACAACAACGUAACUAUGGAAAAUGAUGUAGAAAGGCCUAUUCAAGACCAAUAUAUCGUCAAGAAACCAACCAACCAAACAGAGUUUGAUUGGCAAGUAUUUCAACAGCAGGCCUUUCUACAACAGCAACUAGCUCAGCACAAUUUACAAGCGUAUCUAUCGUCCCUGAACACCGAUACUAUGACCAAUAGAAGUCCUUCAAAAUCUUCUAGCAUAUCUACAGCCUCUUCGCAUUCGGAUCCGAUUCCAAUAGCGAUGACGCAAAGCCCAACUCCAUAUCCUCAAACUUCCAAUAUGCUACCGCAACAGCAUGUAUCACGACCACUGCCGCAACAACAGCGGGAGCAGCCACAACAACAUAUUACUUCUCCACAAAGAUUCUCAGAAAGCAAUUUUACGAAUCAAUUAAACAAUGGUAUGAUCAACAGUAAUCCUCUACAAUCUGCAAUAUUCUCUAACCAUACAAGUGAAAAUAAGCAAUUAAGAGAUGUCGAAGAAUCAAAUUUCAGUACAUCACCCCUAAGAGCAGAUUAUGGCAAUAAUAUUAUCUCCUCGAUACCAGCGUCAUUUACUAGCAAUUCAAUUCCGGUCAGUGUCAAACAAGCUCGAAAUGGCUCUUCUUCGGGCGAUAUACUUUUCAGCAACGGUGCUCAUGACAUGAUCAACAAUAUUUCCACCUGGACCAAUAACUCCGUUCUAGAUGCUUUGAAUAGCAAGUCCAUACUACAAACAAUAUUUCCCCAGAGUCAAGAGCCUUCAUCUCUGUCCAUGGACAAACAGCAGCAACAACAUCAACAACAAAAUAUGUGUUCUGAAAACAAUGUAACCGCUAAUAAUUUUCAACAGACGCAGAAUGACCCUUCGUAUAACAGAAAUUUGUUCAUGAUGUCCAAUCAGGAAGGUGUACAAUAUAAUCUUGACGAAACAGAGAAGAAUGGACCUAAAACACAGGUGGAAGCAAACACUAGCGCAAAUCUGCAUUUCGACAAUGUUAUUCCUACAGUAACUAACGCAGACAUCAGGAAAAAGCGUUCUAACUGGGAUAACAUGAUGACAUCUGGUCCGGUAGAAGACUUUUGGACGAUUAAUGAUGACUACGGCUUUUUAACGUGA